AUGACGGACGACGUGGAGAUCCCCUCCAACGGCAACCGCCGUCGCUCGUUAACCACCACUAGUACCGACAGCAGCGACAGCAGCUGCACCCUAGAUAGCGUCACCAUCGACAACGACCCUGACCGCUUCUACUGCAUCGAUUUGACCGGCGCAGUCGAUCAGUGGGACGAGACCACCGCCCGGCCCGCCGACAUCAUCGACCUCACCAACGACGCGGAAAUCAACGACGGUGAUUACCUGACUGAUGGCAGCUUCCAGCGCCUGCUUGAACGCUGGACACUAGAAGCGGAGCCCGAGAUCCCGGUCCCGCCCCAGAGACACGCCACGCAUGAACUCUGCAACGACGGCAUCAUCUACCGCGAGGGCCAGUCGGUCGAGCUGCAGGAUGGAACUUUUCUUCGCAUCACAACCACUCUAGAAGAGGACGCUUCAGGGGCGAAGUACCUCCUCGGCCGUAGGCUCAUCCGCAGCACCGCCCACAAGGGCACGUACAUCCCGAAGCGGCAGGAUGAAUUGGUCUGGAUCGCAAAUGAGAUGGCGGAUGUCGCGCUGGAUGAUGUCAAGCGGUUCGUGCGCAUUCAUUUCACCAACAAUUGCCACAUGGACCAGGACUGCCAAAAAGCCCCCGGGGCACUGCUCUGCCGUCUCAAGGAGAUCCCCGAGGAUGAAAACGACGUGUCGGUGGAGUAUCUGUCCUUCGACGAGGCGGACGAGGAAUACCGCAUUGACCCGGCGACACUGCGGCAGGCCUGGCGGGGCCACACCGAGCCGUUUGGGAGCGCCCAUUCCCCCACCCCCGCCACGACCCCUCCGCCCCGCGACCCCGUGCCACGCAACCCCGUGAUCGUGAUCGACCUGUCCCCCGUCGUGAUCGACCUUGAUGCGGAGGACCCCAAGCCCGAGGCUCGGAAGAACCGGCAGUAUACCUUUGGAGACGGGUUCUGUGGCGCAGGAGGCGUGUCGUGCGGGGCCCGCCAGGCAGGUCUGCAGGUGAAGUGGGCGUUUGACAUCUCGCGGCCGGCGAUCACCACGUACGGGCUGAAUUUCGAGACUGCCGAGUGUGAACAGAGUGACGUCUUCAGCUUCUUGACCAACGGGUAUGAGUUUCUGAAGGUGGAUGUGAGCCACGGCUCCCCACCGUGCCAGACGUUUUCUGCCGCCCACACGAUCGAGUGCGAGACCGACGACGCCAACUCGGCUUGUAUUUUCUCCUGCGCAGACUUGAUCCGCCGGUGUCGCCCACGGGUGCACACGAUGGAGGAGACGAGUGGGCUGUUCGAGCGGCACCGCGACACGUUCUACCGCAUCAUCCAGGAUUUCGUGGAGGUGGGGUAUUCCGUGCACUGGAAGGUGCUGAACUGUAUGGACUACGGGGUGCCGCAGUCUCGACGCCGACUGAUCAUUCUUGCUUCAGGACCCGGAGAGACCCUCCCCCAAAUCCCCGGCCCCACACACGGGCUCCCCGGCAGCGGCCUCCACCCAUACACCACCAUCAACCAAGUCAUCGAGGCCAUCCCGGCGGGGGCAUCCGACCACGACGUAAUCAAAGCGGAAGCGCGAAUGAUGCGCUGGGGUCCGCGUGCGCAGUACGACGCCAACCAGCAGGCGCGGACGAUUACCACAGGGGGCGGGGACAACAACUACCACCCGUCUGGACGGCGCGGGUUCACCAACCGCGAGUUUGCGUGCCUGCAGACGUUCCCACUCGAGUAUCGGUUCGGCAGACACGAAGUGCGCAAACAGAUCGGCAAUGCGGUGCCGCCGAUGUUGGCGAAAGCGUUGUUUGGGGCUGUGGUGGAAUCUUUGAGGCGGACGGAUGAGGGGGAAUCUUCUUAG